AUGGCUUCCGUUACUUCCCCUUCGCACUCCAAGCCUCCCUUCCCACACCUCACUUCUGUUCCUUGUGGUGACCAUUACCACUCCCGCGACUCCUCUCCCUCGUCUUGUGGCACCCCCGACGGGUCCAGGUCCAGCAGCCAGCGCCGCACGUCUUUCGGCUCCAUCAAAGAGGACGUUGAAGACGGAAUUGCGCAAUCGUUCGUGGACAGCCACCAACCCCCAUCUCCCCAAGAGCCCAAGGCCGAGCGCAAGGUCGAGCGUCCCGGCUUUGAGAUGCAACAGGCCCCGGAUUUCUGCUGCCCGUGUGGUGGAUUCCUGGGGUGGAAGCAAAUUCGACUGGGGGGCAAGAGUCUCAGCCGCAGCUACAGUGAUCUCCGCGGAUUGGGCCAGUUGCAGGCAAAGGGCUGGGCAUGGGAAUCGCAUGAUCAUGAUCAUCAGCCACAGCAGCUGGCUCCUCCGAAGGAGCCUGAGGUAGAAGUGCUGCAGACCCCGCCUGGCACUUCACUUCUGGAGAAACUUCCCCCAGAAGUCCUCGAUCAAAUCAUUUCUAACCUGGCACUGGAUCUCCCACCCAAUGGCUACACACCUCGGAACGUUGAUUUGGUCUCAUGCCUUCUUGCAUCGCACACACUACACGCGGCUACACUCGGCGUGUUGUACAGGAACAUGACUUUCCCGCACUCGAUCAUCUUCUCCAAGGCUCUGAACCAUAUUGCGCAGUACCCAGCUCUCGGCACACUCGUGCGCCGCCUGGAUUUUUCGCACUUUACUUCCGUCGGAUUAGGCCGCACCAAGCAGAUGAACGCUGAAAUUCAAAACUUGACCUCGCGAACCCUCCUGCAGUGCUUGGACCUCUUGCCCAACUUGAAGGAAUGCUUGCUGCAGGAACACCUCGAGGGAGAUAUUAGCGUGGAUGUCAUUCGGAAGUUGUUUAUGGGAUUGCCGAAUUUGCGCGCUGUGGAUUUCUGCGGUUGCUCCACUCAGUCUUUCUCCGCGGUCUUCCAAGAGGCCCUAGUCGGUGGACCCGCACUGCCGAUGACCUUGCCUAACCUGAAACGGCUCUCGCUCCAUGAGUGCAGCACUAUUCCCACUCCUAUGUUUGACCAUCUUCUCUCGCGAUUGGUCAACUUGACGCACCUCGAUCUGACCCACACCCAAGUCAACGAGUCUGCGCUUACCCUCAUUCCUGAGACAGCUCGCAUCUCCCACCUGAGCUUGUCCCGAUGCACCCGCCUUCGCCCUUCGGCCUUGGUGGAGUUCUUGACCACUCACCCAUCCGUCAAUGAAUCUCUUGUGUACUUGAACCUGUUGACUGACCCGACCCGUUUCCGUCUUCUGGAAGAGGAGGAUGUCUCGGCACUGCUGCCCAAGCUUCCGGACACUCUCCGCUCUCUCAAUCUGGGCGGUGCAAAGGUCACCUCGGAUCACGUCCCAUUGCUGGUCCCUCUGACCAAGCACCUACACGAGCUGGGUCUGAGCUCAGCCGACCUCUCAGUCCAGGAUGUCAACUGCUUCUUCACGCGGUACCAGGACCCCGCAACAGGAAAGGAGAACAACGAGCCCAGCACUCUCUGCUAUCUUGAUCUCGCCAAGGUGCCACAGAUGACCAUCGGAGCCAUCUUCAACACAAGCACCUGUCUCUUACUCUCGAACCUGAGCUACCCCCUGCAAGUCAUUGAGUUCAGUGACAAGAUCAUUACACCCUUGCGCGAGCGGGCCAAGACCCAGCGCGUCUCCGUCGGAUGGACAGUGCGAGACCUCGGCCGACGUGGCUGGUACGUCCGUGACCCGGCUUCUAUCCCCGAACAACCCCUCGACGAUGGCUCCCGCUACUGGAAGAUGGGCGCACGCUGGUGGGGCAUGCGCAAGAUCCCCAUGGCAGUGGGCGACGUCGGCGGCCUCUACGGUCACUACAUGUUCAAGAAAUGA